GGUAGAUGUUUUAUUCCUGCUUCGAUGAACAUGGUCCAACUUCCACUUGAUGCAUGAGCCCUUUUUUAAUUAACAAAAAUGGCGCGCGAUCCUUUAGAUAAGACCUCACAGCACAGGCGGCGGCAGAAUGCCUUGGCGCAGCGGAACUAUCGCGCGCGGCAAAAAGAGAGGAGACGCAUGCUGGAGAACCUAGCUAUCUCUAGCAUCAUUUUGCCAUCUACCCUGGAUGUCUUAUGCACGCAUGGGGUAGCAGCGGCGCAGAAGAACUAUCAAGAUCGAGCAGUCGGACCAAGUCAGCUGACAAGAACCAUGUGCCCUACUAUCGUCGAUGCGGAUUUUCAUAGUCCAGAUAUCGCACCGGGAUUUACGGCCUCCGACUUCUUCUCCUGUAUCGAUUCUUGCCCAGAGACGGAACGUCGUACUUUUUUCCUACUGAUGACAAAAGAGCUCUUCGGUAUCCGGGAUAUUAUCAAAUAUGGUCUCAUUUUCCUAGGAUACCCCGUGAGCUCUUCACUUUACAACAACGCCAUGCACCUUCCAAUGAACCAAUGGCUUCAAGACGUUCAACAAAGUCUAGGCAGCUUUGAUCUCAGAGCCGCAACUAAAGCCGGUAUUAGUAUUUUGGGAAAGCUAAACAUACCAUCGGGACAUAAUUCCAGGAUUCACGAGAUAGUGACAUCUCCAUUGAGUCACUUCCAGACUAGAGACUACAUCCUUCUCUGCCGAAUUUCGUUUGUAUCGGCUGUUUUCAUGAAUGCACGACAUCUGGGAAUCAUAUGGCACGACCUCAUAUCUUUUGAAUCUAAAUCGCCAUUUCCUCGCUUAAGAGAGAAGCUCAUACAACAAGAAUUAUUAGAUGACGGCGAAGAACCUACCGAGCAGGCAGCGCAAAUGCGUCUGAUACUCAAGGAUUACUUAAAGAACAUACAAUCAGACCUUGUGCCUACACAGGCACAGCUAACCAUGUCUCAUCACCCAACACUGGAUCUGAUCCCAUGGCCAAAAUUUCGUUCCAAAGCCAUCACCGCAGUACACUCAACCCCCCCGUUGAUUGACAGAGAGGAUUUCUGUCUUGACUUACUCAACGACGGUCUUCGAUGCUGGGGCUUUGCUAAUGGGAGCUCUUUGCCCUCCGCAGCACCCUGGGAUGCCCAGAACUGGGAAGCAGCGCCGUGGUUUCUGGAGAAGUGGGAGCAUCUUACUGAAGGGAGAGAUGGAGAUGAAUGGAAGAUAAGUGCUCGGUGGUGGUCUAUGGGUGCUAGGUCGAGUGUAUAAUAGAGAGCAGGUAUAAGCUUAUUUUAAACUGUAUUUGGAGAGAAUGAGUAAACCAGAAAAAUAUCAUGACUAUUAUUCUUUAGCGAGCGCGACUA